AUGUGUUUUGCUUAUAUUGUAUUUGAUGUGCUUGCAGUGACCAGAUCACAGACUUAUCUACUGCCUGCCCUCAUAGUAAGCAUCAUCAUCUGCGCAUCAAGGGUCUUCACCUUCCCUUUGGUGGUGCGGCUUUUGAUUUACAAAUUUCAAACGAGGCGUCUCUCUGUACAUGAAGACAUAGAAUCAUUUCUAAAGAGUGACAACACACUCACCCCAAUUAGGUACUCCUAUUCAGACAUCAGAAAAAUGACCAAAGGUUUUCGAGAUAAACUAGGUCAAGGAGGUUACGGUUCUGUUUACAAAGGCAAGCUCCGUAGCGGCCAUGAUGUUGCAGUCAAACUACUAGGGAAAUCGGGAGGAAAAGGGAAGGACUUCAUGAAUGAAAUCGCAACUAUUGGAAGGAUACACCAUGUUAAUGUUGUCAAACUAGUUGGGUACUGUGCACAUGGCUCCAAACUUGCUCUUGUCUUCGAUUUCAUGACUAAUGGAUCUCUUGAAAAGCACCUCUUCAACCUAGAAAACAUGAAGCCAUUGAAUUGGGACACGAAGUUUGAUAUUGCAGUUGGCGUUGCUCGUGGGAUUGAAUAUUUGCAUCGAGGUUGUAACAUCCAGAUUCUGCAUUUUGACAUCAAGCCUCAUAAUAUACUUCUGGACGAUAAAUUCAUUCCCAAAAUCUCUGAUUUCGGGCUAGCAAAGUUUUGCUCUAUCGGUAAAGAUACAGUGAGCUUGACUACAACUAGAGGAACUAUAGGGUAUGUUGCUCCUGAACUAAUCAACAGAAGUAUGGGGGCAGUCUCUUACAAGGCUGAUGUGUAUAGUUUCGGAAUGAUGUUAAUCGAUAUGGUGGGGUUGAAGAGAGACUUGAGAGGAAAGAACGGUCAUUCCAGUCAGUAUUUUCCAUAUUGGAUAUAUGAUUGUUUUGAGCAAGGGAAGGAUAUUGAAAUCAAAGAAGCGGGGUAUGGCGAUGAGAAUGAGAGUACAAAGAGUAUUGUUAAAAAGAUGGCCAUAGUUGCAUUGUGGUGUAUAUUGUUGAGCCCAAAUGAUCGUCCUUCAAUGAACAAGGUGUUAGAGAUGUUGGAAGGUGAUGUUGAACGUUUGCAAAUUCCUUCUCAAUCAUCUCAAAUUGGAGUGAGUUUUGAUCAAAUCGAAAUGACAUGUUCCUCUGAUUCUGUUUCCUUGCUUCAACAUGUUGAUGCUUCGAUCUGUGUCAAAGACCAAGUGUGA